AGGUGGAGGACUAGGGUCCAGAGCUGUCGAGCCCUACCGCCUGGCCACUCACGAGACUCCGACUUCCCCCCGACAUAUGCAGUCAAGCCAGGGGCCCGGCAUGGGGCAUGGCCCCGGGUCUGGCCAUGGGAUGGUUCACGGUCCAGCUGGGUCCAGCAUGGGAGGCCAUGCAGGUCAGCCAAGUCCUUGUCAGCACGCCUCCCGUCGAAACCUCCAAGUCGACUUCAGCGGUUCGGGCGGCUCCAGGACAGGCCGGUCUCCCUCUGUGUCUCCUGACCGCGGCUUGACGCCCACCUCGCCUUACUCGGUGCCGCAGAUCGCACCAAUGCCGAGCAGCAAACUGUGCCCAGUGUGCACAAGCACAGAGCUGUCCAACCCACCGGCUGUACCCAACUACAACACCUGCACCCAGUGUAAGGCCACCGUCUGUAACCAGUGUGGAUUCAACCCCAACCCGCACCUCACUGAGGUCCAGGAGUGGCUGUGUCUGAAUUGUCAGAUGCAGAGAGCUCUUGGCAUUGAUAUGACCACGCCUCGCUCUAUGAGCCAACAGCAGAUUCACUCUCCGUCUCACCAAGCCAAACCAAUCGUCCAGCCUCAGCAGCCCGCACCUCAGCCAAUACAGCCGGCAGCAGCAGCACAGCCCAAACCUUUGGCACAGAGUCAGUCCACUCAGCGGCAGCAGCAGCAGCAGCAGCAGCAGCAGCAGCCACCUCAGUCUCAGCCUAAGUCUCAGGCCUACGGCCAGACUCAACCCUAUUCCCAGACCCAGCCACACUCCCAAACCCAGCCAUUCCCCCAGUCCCAGCCAUUCCCCCAGUCCCAGCCAUACUCCCAGUCCCAGCCAUACUCCCAGUCCCAGCAGUAUCCCCAGUCUCAGCCCCAGUCAUACCCUGCAUCCAAGACAGGGCCCCAAACUCAGCCUCAUACCUCACCAGGCUUGCAGAGACACCCAGGCCCUGGCGGACCCCAGACUCAACCAGGGUCCUUUCAGCAAGGCAUGAGGUCUGACCAGUACUCCCAGAGAGGUCCCGGGGCUCCAGGAGCUGUUGGAGGUCCCACAGGUGGCCCCAACCAGCCAGGGGGUCCACGGAUUCCCCACCCUGGCGCUGUGCCUCUCCCUGGCUUGACCAAGGCUCCGUCCCAGCCCGAUUUGGGUCGCGGUUCCCCGAUGCACCAGUCAAUGGCACGGCACCAUGACCAGACCAGAAGCGCCGGCUCCUCCCCAGCCCACAGACCUCAGAGUCAGGCUCCUCCUCCUGCCCAGGAUGGCCUGACCAAACUGUUUGGUUUUGGAGCAUCGCUGCUCAAUCAGGCGAGUACCCUGAUCAAUGUUGACCCUCUAGCCACCACCUCCACCCAGCCAAGCCCUGCACGAGGCAAAGUGGUGUUUAGUAAUGCAACUACUGACAUCAAGCAUCAACAACAAGGGGCCCCUGGCACCAAACCAUUCACUACGGGGGGCCCUCAUGCUCCAACUCAAAUGGGUGGCCCUCAUGCGCCGAGCCAAACGGGGGGUCCUCAUGCUCCAACUCAAAUGGGUGGACCGUAUGCGUCGAGCCAAAUGGGGGGUCCUAAUGCGCCAAGCCAAAUGGGGGGUCCUCAUGUGCCGAGCCAAAUUGGAGGUCCUCAUAUGCAGAGCCAAAUGGGUGGUCCUUAUACGCAGAGCCAAAUGGGGGGUCCUCAUACGCCGAGCCAAAUGGGAGGUCCUCAUACACCUAGCCAAAUGGGAGGUCCCCAGAUGGGCGGUACCCAAAUGGGCGGUACUCAAAUGGGCGGUCCACAAAUGGGCGGUCCCCAAAUGGGCGGUACCCAAAUGGGCGGUACCCAAAUGGGCGGUCCACAAAUGGGCGGUCCACAAAUGGGUGGACCACAUGCAACAACCCAGAAACAGCCGACCAAGCCCCAUCAACAAGGAAUGGCGCAACAGCAGUCGCCUGUUCAUCAUCAAAAAGGGCAGCAAGGACAACAACAUCAGCAAACACCUGCUCAUCUGCAGAAAGUGCCGCAGAAGCAGGAGCCCAUGGCAGCCCCUGUGCCUGCUCCAGAGCCUGUGAAGCCUAAAGUGAACUGUCCUCUUUGUAAAACGGAACUGAACAUUGGCAGCUCCGACCCGCCCAACUACAACAGCUGUACGCAGUGUCACAGCCAAGUGUGUAACCUGUGUGGCUUCAACCCCACGCCGCAUCUGGUGGAGAAAAAGGAGUGGUUAUGUCUCAACUGCCAGACCCAGCGGCUGAUGUCCGGAGGCGGUCUCGACGAACCUCCACUUCCUGUUCCUCAUCCGUCUCCCAAGCACCAGCCAAUGGGCUCGCCCCGUCACCAGGCUCCAACCAGUCAGCAAAGCCCUCUCCACAAAUACACCAAUCAGCAGGGGCCCAGGCCAGCCCAACCCCAGACGCAGAAAGCACAGGCGGGAACUGGUAGUAGCGGCCCUUUUGCGCCCACUGCUGCCAAACAACCGACUGACACCAAGACCACGACACCAGCUCCGGCACCAAUAUCAACCACAGAGGCCCAGAAACAUCCUAAACCCACAGAAGAGAAACCCAAAACUGAGCCUGAGAACCAAACUGCCAAAGACACCAAACCUUCCCAGAAGAAAGGAGAGCAGAUCACACCGAUCAAGGAAAUCAAGAAGUCCAGGCACUAUGAUGACACAAAAAACAACAGCACCCAUGACUUGUCACGCAGCCCUCAAAGCCUCAGUGACACCGGCUACUCCUCUGAUGGCAUCUCCAGCUCCCACAGUGAAAUCACAGGUCUAAUCCAAGAAGAGGAGAUGAAGCUAAGUGAGAGGGGGAUCAGUGGGCGUGGCUCCCCACCAAGCCCUUCUGAAAUUACAAAGCUAGAAAGCUCCAUGAGGCCUUUGCUGGAGAAGAGCCUUUCUGAAGAGAAGGUGGACAGAAGGGGAAGGAAGCACAGAGACUUGGAUGACAGAGGGAAGCAGCGGCCACGCUCCCUUUCAAUUCCACCAGAUGCAUACGACUCUGAUGAGGAACUAGAAGAUAUACUAGAGGAAGAAGAAGAUGGAGGAGACUGGGAGGGUAAACGGAAGGAAGGGAAGGAGGAGAAAAAUGGUAAGAAAAAGAAGGAAAAAGAGGCUGAGCCCACAGAGAUGACAGAUGAGGAGUUCAUGAGGAGACAAAUUAUGGAGAUGAGCGCUGAUGAAGAAAAUGAGGAGGAGGAAGAGAUGGAGGAAGAGGAAGAUGAGGAAGAUGAAGGAUAUGGCUACCAGAAACCCAAGAAAAGCCACCAUAAACACAUAAUCUCUGACUCAGGGAAAGAGAAAAGACGUCUUCAGCACCACUCCAGCAGUUUCGAGGAGGAAACUAAGAGCUCUACCGAUGUUUAUAAAGGCUCAUUGGAGGAGGGUGAGGAAGAUGUGAUGGCAUCACAAGGUGGCUUGAGGCGCUUCAAAACUAUUGAACUAAAUAACACCAAUAGCUACAACCGAGACAUGGAGCUGGGCAAUGAAAAUGACUUGAGCCUUGAUCGUGAACCAGAAUUAGAGAUGGAGAGCCUGACAGGAUCUCCCGAGGAGCGUUCUCGGGGUGACUACUCCUCCACUCUGCCAGCCACUUCAUCCUCAUAUGGCUCAGGCCAGUCUCCUACUUCCAUCUCAUCAAUGGAGGAGGACAGUGAUAGUAGCCCCAGCAGGAGGCAAAGGCUGGAAGAGGCCAAGCAGCAGAGGAAAGCACGUCACCGCUCCCAUGGCCCUCUCCUUCCCACCAUUGAAGACUCUUCAGAAGAGGACGAGCUGAGAGAGGAAGAAGAACUUCUGAGAGAGCAGGAGAAGAUGAGGGAGGUGGAACAACAGAGAAUAAGGAGCACAGCACGAAAGACCAAGAGGGAUAAGGAGGAGCUGAGGGCUCAGAGACGCAGAGAGAGGUCCAAGACACCACCUAGUAAUCUCUCACCCAUUGAGGAUGCUUCUCCUACAGAAGAGCUGAGACAAGCUGCAGAAAUGGAAGAGCUCCAUCGUUCUUCUGCUUCUGAAUAUUCCCCUCAGAGUCUGGACUCAGAGGCUGAGGGAUACGAGUCCAAACUUUACAAGUCAGGUAGUGAAUACAACCUGCCUACCUUUAUGUCUCUCUACUCACCAGUAGAGAAAUCAUCAACUACUUCAACCACCACAGCACCAUCUUCAACUUCAAAACCGUUAAAGAGCGCUGAGGAGGUUUAUGAGGAGAUGAUGAGGAAGGCAGAGAUGCUUCAGAAACAACAGCAGCAACAGCAGCAACAUGGAAGACAUGGGCAGUACUACGAGGAGGAUGUUAAUGGACAAGGUUAUGAUGACGAGUAUGAAUAUGAACAAGAUCAGGUAGGAUAUGACAAUGAGGCAGCAGAGACAGAAACAGAUAUUUAUGAGGAGAUCCGACAAACAUCUCAGAACAUCACCAAAAUGCAGCAGGCCACAGAUGAGCAAGUAGAGAUUGAGAUUGAAAGCUCCUACCCAGACGAACAGCUCCUAGACACAGGCUCAGCCUUUGCUAAGCUUUUGGAGCAAAGCAAUGCUCUACUUACUCCAGGGACCAGCCCCACCCAGAUCUCAGCUCCUGUCUCCUUUGCUGAGACUGGAGGACGGAUUCCUGAUGUCCGAGUGACACAGCACUUCUUUUCAAAGGAUGGACACAAAGACAGGAUCAAAACCCAAGCAGGAAAGAAUGGAAUAACUCCAGCAGUGGCUGCCACAACUAUUGCAGCUUAUGGCGUUUAUGCCAGAGAUGCAGUAACUAUUUCUCAGACUAGUUCAAGCCACACUAUGACGUCUACUCAGUCUGGUAUAUAUGGCCGGCACAUGGCAAGUCCUGCCACAUCUUCAGCUACAGUCUCAAGUGUAUGCAGCAAAAUUGCAGAGAUUACCCAGGCCUACAGUCAAAGAGAAGUGAUCACCAGAAGGGUAGGGGAGACCAGGGAUGUGCGAGACAGCUCAACAUCUUCCACUGAGAGAAUUAUUGAGCCACGUUCUCCCAAGUAUACUACUUAUUACAGGAGUACCAGUCCUCCUCUUUCUCCAUCACCACCACCACAGAGUCCAACCCGUUCACCUUCCAGGAGAAAUACAGCUGAGUUCUCUACACAGACUUUCAGUUCAGCAUUACGAAUGUCAGAGUCAGCUGGCUCUGGGCCUACAUCACCAGUGACAGCUCAGGGAACCCAAACUUCACAUCGAUCAGUUUCCCCACGGCUCUAUCGUCAGCAGUCUUCCCAGGAUACCCCAUACUCCCCACCUCCAAGCCCAGCUAGGCCAAUGACAGUCAACACUGCUACUUCUCCCCUGUCUUCACCUACCCGAUUUAGCCGGCAAUCAACAUUUGACAAUUACUCCCCAUGUGGCAGCCCUCCAGACACGCCACCUUACCAACAGUCUCCUACACGUAGCUUCUAUCAAACACAAAGAGUUGAGAAAGUAAAUGUGGGAACAAGUAUGGUCACCACAGCCAGCACUUACACCAGAGGGUCCAUGUCAAUGGACAACAUCUCUCUCUGUCGAAUAUCUACUGUCCCAGGCACUUCUAGGGUAGAGCAGGGCCAUAUGAUUCAAGGUGGAAGUGUUGUGGACCUCAGAACAGCCACCAAACCAGCUCCUAUUAUCAUGACUGACCAGGGAAUGGAUCUUACCUCCUUGGCAAGUGAAAGCAGGAAAUACCAUGGUGGAUCAGAGGGUAGUAGACAUUCAACAAUUGUGCAGCCAUUGAUUAUGAACCUGAACACCCAGGAGAUCACUACACCAACCACUGUGAGUGUCACUGUGGCUGCUUCCAUGUUCAUGACCCAGCCCAAACAGCCAGCAGUCUAUGGUGAUCCACAUCAAAACAGAGUAGAUCUGGGUCAGGGCAUGGGUUCGGCUGUGUGUCUUUCCCAGAACAAAGCACCAAUGUCACCUCCAACUGACCCAACAAUACCAAAAAUUGAUGCCAAACUGGAAGACCUCAGUAUCCAACAGAGAGAGCUACAAAUACAGCAAGAUAAGUUACAGAAGCAACAACAGCUCCUUGAACAGCAGUUGCAGCAACAUCAUCAGAUGCAACAUCAACAGCAACAGGCAUCUGCUUUGGCCAGGUACAGCCUUACUGGCCAGAUCUCACCUUUACUGAAAAAAGAUUUGCUAGUCAGUCAGAGUAGUGCUGCCUCAGCAGUGGUCAGUGCUGUAUCACCAGUCAUUAACCCUGAGCUGUAUGGCACUGGUCCCAUUGAGCUGAAAGGGAAGCCCAGUCCUCCUGGUGUGAUAUCAGGAGGUAAAUUACCACAUAGCAUGGUAGUACAGAUGGAUGGAGAGCCAGAGCAGGCCAGGGCAGUGACUCAGCUAAUGAAGGUGGAAGAAGGACAGGAUGCUAUGGAUCUGACAGGAGGCCAAAUUAAACCUGAUAACCAACCAGCUUGCUGUGAUGUUGUUUAUCGACUUCCAUUCGGUGGAAGCUGUGUUGGGGGUGAGAAAGAGGGCAUAAGGCCUCCAUCUGCCCCACCUCUCACCUAUGAGUCUGACCAAGAAAGACAACCUGGAGGGUACCAUGAAUAUCCAGUGGAUGAAGGCAAGGCCUACACAUUACCUUUCCCUGGUAGGCUUCAGCCUUCGAUGUCUGAUACAAACCUAGCUGAAGCAGGGCUUCAGUCCUACCAUUCUAAACUAGAACCACACAUCCAAGCUUCAGGAGAUCUUGCCAUAGAUCUAACUGCUAUGAAACAGGGUUAUGGAGGAUAUAUGGGGAUGCAGUAUGGCUCCUAUACAGAUUUACGGCAUGGAGGGGACAUCACAGCCCAAACACUGCCUAUAAGGAGAUAUAAUUCCUUGUCUAACAUCAGUUCAGACUAUGGCUACUCUGCUCGUGACAUUGCUAGCUUCCAAGAAGCUAACUUGGCUCAGUACAGUGCUACAACUGCCAGGGAGAUCAGCCGCAUGUGUGCAGCACUCAAUUCCAUAGAUCGAUAUGGAAGCAAUCCAGACUUGAUGCAGUUUGGUAGUUUGGGCAGAGGAACCGGGCCUGGGGCCUCCAGACUUGCAGCAGGUCUUGGCAUGAGACAAAACCUCCUAUUUGGACUAGAUGGGAAGCCAAUCUCCCAUAGUCAAGCACUAACCAACCUUAUCAAUGCCAGGCAGGCCAGUCUCAGAGCCAUGUACCCUGCUGCUAUUAGGUCGUCUGAUGGGAUGAUCUACUCCACCAUUCAGACCCCCAUCGCUUCUACACUUCCCAUCACAACUCAGCCUGCCUCUGUUCUUCGCCCACUACUGAGGGGGGUCUACAGACCAUACCCCUCUGCCAACAUGACACCUGUGCCCCUAUCCAGUCUUAGCAGACUUCCAAUGAGCGCCAGAAUACCCUUAACUGGACAAGCUCCAGUCCGUUACCCAGCACCAGGUCUUCUCCAAACAAUGUCAACCACUGCCACUACUGCUGGUGCUGCAACAACUUCAGCACCAAUAGGUGCCCCAGUGUCUGUUUCCAUGACAACUACUAGUUCUACAGUCCAGGAUAAACCAGUGUAUCUCGGUAAAGGUGCAUCCUCAUCAACAGAGGUCACCCCAGUACAAGGAACAGUCAUACCAAUGGACCCACAACAGCAGCCAAUAAACCUGUCCCAGGCCCACCUGAACAGUCAACAGCAACAGCAACAGCAACAAUUGACAACUGCUCAGCAGCCCCAACAGCCUCCUCCAGCAGCCCAUGCCUACCCACCAUCAGCUUCUUCACACACUCACGGCUACACCCAACCUCCAGUCGGCCCAUCUGGCCCCACUAGUGGCUUACCCAUUCCAGGGGGACUUCCUCCCUUCCCUCCACCAGGUGCCAUACACAAGGAAGGUGAAACUGAGGCAGACAGGCUGCAUCGGCAGCAGGAGCAACUUCUGCAGAUGGAGAGGGAGCGUGUGGAGCUGGAGAAACUCCGGCAACUGCGCCUACAAGAGGAGCUGGAACGAGAAAGGAUAGAGCUGAAGCUGCACAGGGAGAAGGAGCAGAUGCUGGUGCAGAGAGAGUUGCAUGAGCUGCAGAACAUCAAGGAACAGGUUCUACAGCAGCAGCAACAAGAACGCGAGAAACAACUUGUUCUCCAGAGGGAGCAGUUGGCCCAGCAGAAGUCCCAGCUAGACCAGAUCCAAUCUUUACAGAAUCAGCUCCAGCAGCAGCUUGUAGAGCAGAAGAGACAGAAAACAGCUGCAGCUCAGAUGGGCUCCCGUUCUCUCCCCAACUCCUCGUCAGAGAUGUGCUUGAGGAGCCAGCAGGAACACAUGGAGACCAGGAGCAACAUGAGGAAACACAGCUCAAUGACCAGGCUGAGCAGGGACAGCUUGGACGGAGACGGCGUGGUGUUUUACGGCUCCCCUCGCAGGAUCGUGGACAGUUGUGUGCAGACGGACGAUGAAGACAGAGAGGAGAGGUACAUGAUGCGUCAUCGCACUAGAAGACGUGGUCGUAGUGUUGACUGCUCCGUCCAGACGGAUGAUGACGAGGACAAGGCUGAGACUGAGCAGCCGGUCCGCCGAAGACGUUCACGUUUCUCCCGGCACACUGAGUCCAGCAGCACUGCCACCACGUCCACCACAACCACUGACACCAAGAGUGACACUCCCAAGAUGGUGUCCUCCAGUAUCGCCAUUCAGACCAUUAGGGAAAUGUCUUGCCAGACGGAAGUGGAGCACCUAGGAAGAGUUUCCCCGGCAAUCCAUGUGACAGUACCAGACCCAAAUAAAGUAGAGAUUGUGCACUACAUCUCCGGGCCUGAGCGGACCCAAAAAGGACAGUCUCUAGCAUGCCAGACUGACCAGGAAGCCCAGUCACAGGGUGUUGUAGCUCCCCAGCUCAGUGUCCCAACCACGGUCAGUCCAUAUUCUUCUUCUACCAGUACCGGUACACAACAAUCUGGUUCUGUCGACCACCUGACCCAGCAGCGCCAGCAGCAGCACAUUGCAGCAAACGCAGCCAAGUUUGAGCGACGCCGCCCCGACCCACUUGACAUCAACUACCAGCCUCAUAACCACCUCCACAAUGAGUCCAUCUCCAGCAUUAUCCGGCAGCAGCAGACCCCCAAAUCCCCACAAGUCCUCUACUCCCCUGUCUCCCCGAUGUCCCCUCACCGCCUGCUGGAAACAUCUCUUUCCAGUGAGAGGCUGAACAAGGCCCAUGUCACACCUCAGCAGAAGUCCUACACAGCCGAGUCCCCCCAGAGACACCCCUCUAUGCCCCGACCCAUCAAGAGCACCCAGAGGUCCAUGUCAGACCCCAAGUCCCUCAGCCCCACCACAGACGAGCACACCAAGGCCAGGCUGUCCCUCUACCAACAACAAGCACUCCAGAGCCAGCUGGCAGCCCUACAGCAGAGCUCACUGCUCCGUAAGGUGAAGCGAACCCUGCCCAGUCCUCCUCCGGAGGAGACUACCACAUCAGGUCACCUGCCCAUGAUGGCACCUGCCCUCCAACAGGUCUACCUGCCCUCCGUGCCCAGCCUCAAGCCCAGCUCCAGGUCUGGCCUUGCUGCCAAAGCCAGCCUCCUCAAAGACCUCACUCACGAGCUGAAGGCCGUGGAGCAAGAGUCGACCAAGCUAAGAAAGCAGCAAGCUGAACUGGAAGAGGAAGAGAAAGAAAUUGAUGCUAAACUGAGAUACCUAGAGCUGGGGAUCCACCAAAGGAAAGAGACACUGGUCAAGGAAAGGGAGAGGAGGGAUAUUGCCUACCUGAGGUGUAUGGGGGACACUAGGGACUACAUGUCUGACAGUGAGUUGAAUAACCUACGUUUAGCAGCUGCAGCUGCAUCACAUGAGACCAAUGGGCUACUGUCAACGAGGCCAAGCACCGCCCCUAUGAGUCAGUUCACGAGCGACCUAAACACAGCAGCCCAAUACCCACCCGCCUCAUCGUUCCUCUCCUGUCAGUACCCCCAGAGCCAACCGGCAGCACCAAUUCAGCAAUCAAGUGUGCAGUACCAGUCUUCAACAUUUAACCAGCCUCCCUAUCCAACAGUGUCUCAGUCCCAGGCACUGCCACAGCCCACGCCCCUGCAGAGCCAUGUCCACCCUCCCGGACCUUCUUACCAGUCUCAAAACUCCUACCCUUCCCACACCUAUCCCCAGACUCAGCCCCCAUACCCCCAGACAGACAUGGGGUUACCAGCUGUACCUCAGCCUCAACCCCAGUCGGGGCAUACAGGUUUCGGGCCUGCACCGCCCGGUCAGCCCCCAUACCCCACCCACAGCUCACCCUAUCCCAGCGCUGUGUCCUCCUACCCUAGCCAGACCCCCCCAUACCCCGGGCAACCCCAAGCUGAUAUCCUGACAGUCCACCCGGGAAGACCAAGGCAGACUUCACUGGCCGAUCUGGAGCACAAGAUGCCCACUAAUUACGAGACAAUCAGCAACCCCACAGUUGUGGUCACCACCACGGCCCAGGAUACUUCCUAUUCCAGUGCAGCCCCCUCUUAUGGUCAGUACACUGGAUCAACAACUAUGGCCAGCUCCUAUGGGCCAUAUGGCUCAGCACCAGUGUCCAGCAGCUACGGUGGGUACUCUACUAUGCCACCUAGCACUUAUGGCCAUUAUACUUCAACAGCAGCUAAUUCUUAUGGCCAGUACACCACAACCACUGCCAAUACUUAUGGCUACACCACAACCACAGCCAGCUCUUACGGACAGUACACUUCUACAGUCUCCAAUGCCUAUGGGCACUCUGUAGACAGUCCCUCCACAUAUAGCUCUGCAGAUGGGAUGUAUGGGGCCCCUGGCUUAGAGCAGAACAUCCCAAGGAACUACAUGAUGAUUGAUGAUGUAAGCGAGCUGACGGCAAAAGACGGGCUGGGCACGUCGACAGGGGACAUGAUGCAUCAUGGCGGCGGUGGGCGUUACCCGGGCGACAUCCACGGCCACAGCAGCACCAUUGGCAGCACAACGCGUGGGGGAACUGGCAGCUCUUCGUACGGCAGGGCACCUGAAGAGGAAGCAGCGAUGCAGGAAGAGCUGUACGACCACCACGGCAGGGCCUGCAUGCCGCUGUCUCCAAACGACAUGGAGAUUGACUGUGAUCUGCUCUCGGUUUCCAAAGCCUACCAUCUGGGCCAAGAAGAAACUGACUGGUUUGAGAAGCCACGCUCCAGUUCUCGACACUACGGCAGCAGCCACUCAUCUGGGAGGAGCCGGCACGGUGUCAAACACACCUACCACGAUUACGAUGAGCCUCCUGAAGAGGACCUAUGGCCUCAGGAUGAGUACGGCCACGGGGGGCGACACUCUUCAACCCGUGAUCACAGGCAGCAUGGCAGCUCUAGCCGACACUCAUCCGCAUCACGUCAUUCAGAUGAGCAGAGGUCCUCAAGGUCAUCUAAGGGGCACCCCAAAGACCCAUCAAUGCGCCAAGACCCUUCAGCACGAUCCUCAUCUUCAGGAAGGCGUGGCGAUUCAAGGUCUGGAGGGUACCACUCUUCAGACUACUCCCGAGAUCCAUCUGCGCAUCACCACGGACAGCGCUCCUCCAGACAGGGGGACCCGCACCGCUCCUCUCGCAGCAAGUCCCAGCCGCCACUGGACAUGCAGGGCCAACCAGGCUCCUCCAGGUCUGGCAGCAGCUCUGCCCGGGCUCAGGGCCCCUCUGGCGGGCCUACUGGGUCAGGGCGACAGAGUGGUCCAGGUUCCCAGACAGAUGGAGCUCCAGGACAGAGGACCCAGCUCCAACAACAAGCCCAGACAUCAGCAGCCAGGCCAGGGCAGCCUGGUGUCGCAGCAACCACCGGCCCUCAGCAGCAGCCCCCAACCCAGGGACAAGGCAUGGGCAUGGGCAUGGGCAUGGGCAUGAGCAUGGGCAUGGGGCAGGGCCAGGCCAAGCAAGGGCAGAUGGGACCAGUGGGUGGACCGAUGGGGCAGGCCAGGCAGACAGGUCCCACAGGGACCACAGCACCCACCAUGGCCAAAAUCGACACGCCUCCUGUAACAGCUAUUGGAGCAAAGGCAGCGCCUGUCAUGGCUACAAAAGCCGCACAGCCCCCACUUACAGGCAUAGGCUCCAAGGCAGUUCCUAGGCCAGGAGGUAUUGGCAGUGCAGCAGCAGGUCAGCCUGGCAUGGAGGGAGAAGGCAUGUUGUCCAAGAUCCUCCCUGGAUCUGCUGCUGAGCAAGCCGGAAAACUGGGAGAAGCUAUCACCGGUUUUGGCAAGAAGUUCACCUCUUUAUUCUGAGGUGCUAAGAUUAAGGACUAUGUAAAUGUCGAAUGACAGAGUCACGAGGCCCCGUACCAGAAAAACCUGUGAAAUUCCCCCUGCUUUUGUUUUACUAAGAAAGAGAGGAAGGAGAGAGAGAGAGAGAGAGAGAGAGAGAGGGGAACAGAGAGGAGAGCUGAGCAUACUGCCAACAAGGACUGGAAUCCUCUGGACACUUCAUGUCUCAGGUCUGAGCACACACUGGCAGAGAGAACAUUCUGCUCUCUCUGGCAGGCCAGACAAUCAUGCCAAGCCAACACCCGUGUUUAGAAGGACUACCCUCUAUCCAGUGUCCCUAGCCAAAGAAUUGGUCUCCACCAAACUACCACAGAGUCCUAGAACCAACCUGUAGCAGUUAGACACAUCUCCGCUCCUUCAUCACAAAAGAGCAACUGGCAGCCAAACAUGACAGCAAAAUUCAAGAAGUUUUGUUUUGUUUUGUUUUUGCUGUUCUUCCUCCAUACCAGUAGAGGGAGCCUACCUGCAUCACUGGAGAUCUACACAGCCGUUGAGGAUGAGUAGAACCAAUGGAAGCCAUGUACCACCUCAGCCCUCCAUGUGGAUUUUACACUGCAGCUUCAAUGGAAGGGAAUAAAAGGGAGGUGCAAUUCUACUUCUCUAUGCUGAUGACUUGACCAUUUAUAUGAGGGCUGCUUCUUCCUGCUUACAGGACAUGGUAGCUUUACCACAGGCAUGGUGGCAUGCUAGGAUCCUUGGUUUCACAGUCCUGUGCUCAAACUAGGAAUAACAGAAACAAAUCAGCCUCUCUCCUCUUUUCUAUCUCUUCUCUUAGUAAAACAAGAGUGGAGAAAAUAAACGUAUAAAACUUGCUGAGGUACUGCAGGUUUUUCUGGUACUAAAGACCUCUUGAUAAUCACCUGGUGGGAAGGAAAUUAAUUUAAAUGUCACGUUGAAUGAAUAAGACAAUGCUAACGACAUAGCUGACACACAGAGAACCAGUGUGUCGGCUAGCGUUUCUUUCCACGUUUUGUUUCUAUCUACAUUCCAGAUUGGAACUAUUGAAACCUUUUGCUCCCCCUCUUCCUUACCUCUCCGCGUUUCUUGAAUGCUGAUUCUUUAUUUCUAAUCCCCGCCCAAUGAUCCUCAACUUGCCAUGUCUUUCAAGAAGUGUAGUGGAUUAAAAAAAAGUAGGAAUUUGGAAUGCAUGGAACUUUAUAUCCAAGACCUUACACUGUUCAUUACUUAACAGAGGCCAUAAAGACACUGGGAAACACAUCUUAGCUAGAUGACGUAAACAAUAACAAAGAAGAGAGAUUUCCGGAGCAACUCACAGGAAUCGGGCCACGGGAAUAGGAGGAGCCUUUCGUUUUUUUUUAAGUAAAAAAAAAUAAAUAUUUGAUUGGUAUUUUGAGUGAAGCCGUAUGUGGUCGGGUUGUUUUUCAGCCAUUGCAAAGCCAUUAAGACAACAUUUACCUGCAGUGCUUGUGGUGAUGGCGUUUCUCCAACUGCUCCACAACAUUUGGCUCUUGGCUGUGUCUCAUGUUGUUGUUGGUGGUUAUCAUUUCUUGUGUUCUCUUCAUUUUUUUUAUAAUUUAGUUUUGUUUAUUGCCUGGUUUUUAUGUUGCAGGUUACCAAUUUUGCCUUAAUCAUUCUUAAAUAUUUUAUUUUAAAGUAAAACUGGCAUCUUUUUUUAUUACACCCUGUAAACACAUUUAAAUCACACCCUUUUUUAUGUAGUAAUAUCAGCUGGACCACUGGCCACAGUGAGAUUAAUUUCUAUUUUUUAAAUUAACUUUGUUUUUGAUAAUUGUUUGUGAUAUUAAUUUUAUUUUAUUUAUGUUUUGUAAUGUUUUGUUACCUUCAUCAUGCCCUCCGUCAAUUGUUUGACUCUUAUUUAUUAUUAAUACUUUUAGAGGUAAGAAAGUAAAGAGCACAAUCUUGUGUCAUUUAAAAAGUUGGUGGAAUAGAAACAUGUUGCCUCCGUCUGUCUUACUUACCACUGAUGUACUGCUCAAGUCUGACUUAAACAUACCACCAAACGUACUACUGCUGUACUAAUACAUCAGAGAGCAGGAGCUCAACUAUAAACAACAGUUUGGUACCACCCAGAUCUUCUCCUCCAACCAACAGUGAGACAUCAUGUCUUCAAUCAGCCACUCGGUGGAUCAAAGUGAUACGCUGCUUGUAUUAGCCAGCUGGAGUCUGAUCUGAAAGCACUGCAGGGCAGCAGAGAGGCACUGAAAAGCAGACCAGUCACACGUCGCGGCAGAACUGGACUUGACAUCCUUACCUGCGGGGGUUCGGGUUUCAAUGUGAUUCUUCUGACCCUCCAAGAUGGAUGUUUAUUGGGAGCCCCGCCAAGCUCCUUACACAUCAGUGUGUAUCCGCAUGUGUCUUCACUCCGUCAAAUGUGCACAGCACACGUGAAAGCACACUCAAAAAUGGUGUCAAAAAAGGGAGAAAAAAAUCCGCACUCAUGUGACUGAGGAACCAAAAGUAACACACUUGGUUGUGUCACAAAGUCACUUGCCUUUAUUUUUUAUUUUCUAUCACAGUGGCGUCCAGACCUGUAACCCAACCCCUGUCAUGGAAACUUCUCAGGUCAGUGUUCUCCCUGCUGUUGCUCCUGCAGUGCAUUGUGGAAUCUGCGGUUCGGUACUCAAACCUACUCUGUCGGGCCAAACAUUGCGAGGCCUUCAGCAAAACCAACGAACCAACCAACUUCUGCUGUAUAUUGUCUGUGUGAACGCUCGCUGGGAACCUUCGCAUGCCGCCCGGCGCAGAAAACCUUAAAGUCACCUCUAUAUUGUUCUGUUCCUGAUGUUUGUAUGUAUGUGUGGGGGUCUGUAUGCGUGUAUUUAACAACCAUCAUCCAAUGUGGAAAAAGAAAAAAAAACAAGACAAACACGAGUUCAACCACAACAAAUAUGGUGGGCAGAAGAGGCAACCUCUCAUCUCCAGUCCUUCUAUGCAAUGAAUCAUAUUUGGAAAAAUAGAAACAUGAGGAGGAAAAGGGAAGUUAAAAUACACGAAUGGGUCAAGUAAUUAAAAAAAAAAAAAGUCACAAUCAUGAAUUACACCUUGGUUAUUAUAAUAUCAAGUUUGCUUUGUUUUGGCAUCCCACAUAGAUCAAAAUAAGGACAUUCUGUGAAUUUGUGUGUGUGUAUAAUAUAGGUCACCAGUAAGCUAGGAAAUAACAAGAAGGGUAUUUGUAUUACUUGUGUUAACCUGGCACCUGGUUCAGGGUCCCCUGUCCUCCCCCACUGGGAGUCUCUGCCAAAGGGUCUCUCUAUAAAGAUGUGUUUGACAGCUGGGAAAUGGCAAUCAGAGCUGAGAGGAUGAGUAAGGAAACGGCAGUGGUCCUGCCACAGAUCCACCACUGUUUUUAAAAAUGUUUCAUGGAGUAGAAAUUUGCCAUCAAAAUAUAAUUCAACAAGAAAAUGUCAAUGGUCAAUCAGUAAUUUCCAUUAAAAACUGUCUGUGUUGGGAAAACUGCAUAAAAAUAAACCUAAAAUGUUCAUGAGCAAAAACAAAAGUUUCACAAAAGAUGCUACACUAUAGUCAAUUUGCUGUUCUAUUAGAUAAGUAUUUCCCAGAAAACAAGGAAAUAAAAUGCAUUUUAAAUGGGCAGUUAGAGGAAGCACUGAAAGAUCCCAGCUGUCAUGAAAGCAUCUGCUGUCGGCCAUCUUUUUUUGGUUUGCUUCAAGCAGGGGUUAACAGAAUAUACAGAAAAGUUGUCCAGAGAUUUAUAUAAAAAUAGACUACAUAUAUACAUUUUAUUUGUUUAGAUGACGAAGGCCCAAAACUCAGCUACCUGAAUGUGCACUUGUUGUGGUUUUGCAGAGAGAGAAGUAUUUAAAGAAUAUCUAAGUGAAACACAAAGCCAGUUCAAACACAAAUAUUUAUAUGCAUAUUAUUGAUAAUAAUAUAUAAUUUAUAGAUUAUAUUUAAUUAAAAAUACUGUUGUAGGCUACUAGUGAAGUACUAUUCAAGGCAUUCCUAAAUUGAAUUAACUGGUGUGAGAGCAAGUUUGUAUGUGUUUAAAGGUGCACAGUAGGCCUAACUCCUUUACAACUCCUUCACUUUACUUCAAGUCACUGAAACUGUGUAAAAGAAGUCAGUAUAUAUUUUUUGUGAAACAUUUAUGGAAUGAUUUAUCUAUGUAAGAAUUUAUUUUAUCAUAGUGAGAGGGGAUAGAAAGCUGUCUGGGAGCGAAGAAAUAAGAGAGAUUUAGGUUUGAAAUCUAUAGACAGAGUUAGAAAUUAUGUUUAUACAGAUGUUAUCUAUCGCUGGAUUUAUGCACGACCACAAUAAUCAAUUGUUAAAAAUUUUUUUAAUUGAAGUUAUAUUUUUGAGUCUGGCUAAACAGAAUAAAAUACAUCAUGCUGUUUAUUUUAUCACAGAAAAUCAGAUUGGUGGAUGUUAAAAAUGUACUUUUCUGGUAAUGUGCUGUCAAUUGAUUUGUUGUUUUAACAUACUUCCACAGGUUUCCCUUUCUCUAUUUUAUGUACAAGAUUACAGGUCAUCAUGGUCGUUGCUUUUUUUGGGUCUUCGUAGAGUUAAAUUCAGCUGUGUGAUUAUUCUGGUUCUGUUUGGAUCUGGCCAUGGCCCUGACAAACCGCACCGAGCCUGGAGAGAUCACUUCCCAGGUACACUGCCACCAGAUCAGUGACUUCAAAUUAGUGUCAAAGUAGAACAAAUAUGAGAGAGAGAGAGUUUAAAGUUAUACCCAAAUUAAUACUAACUUCCUCUAUUGUAUGUCAUAUGUUUUUGGAAGUUUGUAAACAAUUUAAAUGUUCAAUAAAAUGUUCCUCAAUCACUUUUGCCUCAGGAAAGCACACACUAAAUGCAGCAUCGCAACUGAGAUGAUCAAUAGACAAUAGAAAAUAAUGGGUGCAUUUAUGCAGGCGCAAUAAAUUUCCAUCACUUUACGACACAGAUGUGAUCUUCCCAUGACUGCUGUUAACAAAAGGGAUUCAGCAAUCGCCAUGAAGACAUAAAUAACAAAAUCUGUGUCAAAAUGUCUAUAAAAAUAAGAAUAAAAGUCAAAUUUGUUGCUCCUGUGUGAAAACAGCCACUGAAGGUGACUUAAAUAUGCAUAGCAGCAAGGGCUUUUAUACUAAAAUACUGGUCACUGAAGAAAGCCAUCCUGUUACUGCCCUCUAGCCAGUUGUGGUCUCUGUCUAUACUCUGCAUGGUGUCUGUCUAUAUCCAGGAAAGCAAGGUCAGACCACAGCAAUCACCAGUGGGCAAAAUCACCAAGCCACAGCCUGGUUUUUCAGAAGUGUUUGAAGCACAAAUGUAGACAAAAUAAAAGUUAAAACUUAGAGUUGUGUUCCAAAUCAAGAUGUUAACAAAUUUGCAGGGAGAUCUGCUCAGAAAUAGCUUCUUUAAGCCACCCAAAAAACAGAAACUAGUUUUCUUGAGUGAAAUAUUAGGAGCUAAAAUUCAUGUUUAUUCUUUCAAAUUAUGUUUUGGAACAAAACUCUUGUGUUUAUAAGUUUGCAAUAGAACACAAAGGGUCAGAUUUCCAGACACAUAGCCAAGAGAGGUUGCAUCCAUCAGAUCUGUGUUUAAAAGAAGUCAAAUCUCAAAAGUCUUGCGUCGCCUUUGAAUCCGAGACCAAGAGUCUUAGCAAUAACUUUGCCUUUACACACACACAGUCAGACAUUCAGAUUUUUGACCCUUUGUGGCACUGAUCUGGUAUCAGAAUGAGGUAUUUUUCUGGCUAUACAGCCAUUAAAAAGGGAAUGACAAACUCUUAGCGCCACAGACUUAAAAACAGUCGACGGUUUUUAAAUGCAGCUUAGAAUGCUUUUGGGAAACCCGGACUGCGUGUGUUUGUGUGUUCCUAACCAAAAAGCUAGCAAACAGUGCUUGUAAAGUUCGUAGUGUAGUA